CAUCCGCCCCGGGGAAACAGCCCCAGCUAAGGGUUGGGCUCGCUGCGUCCAGGGACCCAGACAUCAUGGGGAAGCUAGUGGCGCUGACCUUGCUGGGGGCCACCUUGGCCUUAAUAGGGGAGAGACUGCUGACUUUUAGAGACAGAGUUACUACAUCUCGAGAAAUAAAGCCUACAGAACCUCCGAACUGCCACCUGAUCGAGGGACUCGAGAAUGGCUCUGAAGAUAUUGAUAUACUCCCCAGUGGGCUGGCUUUUAUCUCGACUGGAUUAAAAUAUCCAGGCAUGCCAAACUUUGCACCAGACAAACCAGGGAGAAUCUUCCUGAUGGAUCUGAAUGAGCAAAACCCAAAGGCACAAGAGCUGGAAAUCAGUGACGGGUUUGACAAGGAAUCACUGAAUCCUCAUGGGAUCAGUACUUUCAUUGACAAAGACAACACUGUGUAUCUUUAUGUUGUGAAUCACCCCCACAUGGAUUCCACUGUGGAGAUAUUUAAAUUUGAAGAACAACACCGUUCUCUCAUCUACCUGAAAACUAUAAAACACGAACUUCUCAAGAGUGUGAAUGACAUCGUGGUUUUUGGGCCAGAGCAGUUCUACGCUACAAGAGAUCACUACUUUACCAACUACUUCUUAGUACUUCUGGAGAUGAUCCUGGACCUUCACUGGAGUUAUGUUCUUUUCUACAGCCCAAGAGAGGUCAAAGUAGUGGCCCCAGGAUUUAGUUCUGCCAAUGGAAUCACAAUCUCCCUCGACCAGAAGUAUGUCUAUGUGGCUGACGUUACAGCUAAGAACAUGCACGUAAUGAAAAAACAUGAUAAUUGGGAUUUAACUCAAGUGAAGGUAAUUCACCUGGGCACGUUAGUGGACAACUUGACUGUUGAUCCCGCCACGGGAGAUAUUUUGGCAGGAUGCCAUCCCAAUCCCAUGAAGCUAUUGGUGUAUAACCCUGAGGAUCCCCCAGGGUCAGAAGUCCUCCGCAUCCAGGAUGUUUUGUCAGAUAACCCCAGGGUGAGCACAAUCUAUGCGAACAAUGGCUCUCUACUUCAGGGCAGCACCGUGGCUUCUGCAUAUCGUAAGAAAAUGCUCAUAGGCACUAUAUUUCACAGAUCUCUGUAUUGUGAACUCUAGAUCUUUCUUUAAAAAAAAAAACUUCAUAUUUGACAAAAGUAAAAUUGUAAUUGUAUGCUAAAUGGAACUGUAAUUUUUACAAUUACCAGUGAAAAUUGGUAUGUAUGGCUUUCUCAUGGAGAAAAGUAAAAGAGUGCAGAAACCUAUGUCCAUAGAAUCAAGAGUCAAGUUAGUGUCAAGGCAGCCAGAAACCUGAGUGCUCCGCUUUGUUGAGCAUGCAUAACAUCCUGUAUAGCGUUGAUGAAUGGGAUGUGUAGGCUGUGAUAACUUAGGACCCCCGCUCACGUGGAUUUGUGCCUGUGGAUAACUGUUUGGCAAAAAAAACCUCUUAGAACUGUGAUAUUCUGAGUCUUCUGCAGUCCAUGUCAGUAAAGAAGCUAAUUGUAAACUGUU